ACCCCGCCCCCUUUACAUAUAUACAUACACACACACGUUUAUAUAGAUAUAUAUUUUUUCAUCUUUCUCUCUCUCUCUCAGAGACAGUCACCGUCACGUCUGCGCUGCAGCAACCAGUAACCCUCCUCCAUUGAAGUGUUAGUUCUGGUUCAUCGUCACCAUUAUUCUUCACCCAUAAACCAACCGCCAUAACCCAUCUACUCAACACACCCAAUAAUUGCAAUUUCCGCACCAAACCCCCAAAUGAGAUGAUAAUGAUUCUCCGCCCAUUAAACCCUCUCCAUAAUUCCUUGGCCGACGCCCACUUCGCUCGCCGGGGGCUUCCUGCAAUGCCGCUCCUUUUGCUUCUCCUCCUCCUCCCCCUCCUCUCGCUCGCCGCCUCCGCAGAUCUAUCCACCGAUAGGGCCGCCCUCUUGGCGUUCCGCUCCGCCGUCGGCGGACGCACAUUUUUUUGGAACACCUCCCUUACCACUCCCUGCAACUGGCAAGGCGUUCAGUGUGAGGGCAACCGCGUAACCGCUCUCCGACUCCCCGCCGCUUCUCUGGUGGGUGCUAUUCCGACCAACACUAUCUCAAGCUUGACCGCCCUCCGUACAAUCAGUCUCCGCUUGAACCACCUCUCCGGUCCUCUUCCGGGCGACCUUUCGAAACUUACUCAACUAAAGUAUCUUUAUCUCAACGGGAAUAGGUUCAGCGCCCCGAUUCCGGCGUCUCUACUCUCGCUUGAGUCUCUGGUGCGGUUGAAUCUCGCAUCAAACAAUUUUUCCGGUGAAAUUCCGUCCGGAUUCAACAACUUGACACAUUUGCGUACCCUUUUUUUGGAGCAUAAUCAGUUUAAUGGGAGUUUACCGAACAUUGACCUUCCUAACCUUGUGCAGUUCAAUGUUUCUUUUAAUAAUCUGAAUGGUUCUGUGCCGAAAGGGCUUGAGGGUAAGCCGAGGGAUGCAUUUUUAGGGACUUCACUCUGUGGAAAGCCUCUUAGUGUUGUUUGCCCCGAUGUUGCUGGCGAAGCUCCAGCGCCAUCCCCUUCCCCAGAGGAAAAUAGGCCAUCUCCGGGGGAUACUGGGAGUGGAAAAUCUGGUAAAAGUGGGAAAAAGAAGCUGUCUGGUGGUGCAAUUUCUGGGAUUGUGGUUGGAUCUUUAGUAGGGUUGAUGCUAUUGCUAUUGCUCUUGUUCUUUUUGUGUCGGAAGAGGCCGGGAAACAAAGCUAGGUCUGCCGAUGUAGCGGCUGUGAAGAGUCUGGGAAAUGAGACUGGAGAGAAGUCGAUUGCUGAAGCCGAGAAUGGUGGACCGGGCAGUGGGUUUUCAGUGGCAGCAGCAGCAGCAGCUGCCAUGGGUGCAAAUGGAGAUAAAAAGGCUGAAAUUGGAGGCAAUCCAGCUAAUUCUAAGAAAUUGAUAUUUUUUGGGAAUGCUUCGAGGGUGUUUGAUUUGGAGGAGCUGUUAAGAGCUUCUGCAGAGGUUUUGGGGAAGGGGACUUUUGGGACUUCGUAUAAGGCCGUCCUGGAAGUGGGGACUGUGGUUGCUGUGAAGAGGUUGAAGGAUGUGAUCAGCCCUGAGAAAGAGUUCAAGGAGAAAAUUGAAGGUGUUGGAGCUAUGGAUCAUGAGAAUUUGGUUCCUCUUAGGGCUUAUUACUAUAGCAGGGAGGAGAAGCUUCUCGUCUAUGAUUAUAUGCCCAUGGGAAGCCUGUCUGCACUCCUACAUGGAAACAAAGGAGCUGGUAGGACUCCACUCACUUGGCAAAUCAGGUCGGGCAUUGCACUGGGUGCUGCCCGAGGCAUAGAAUACCUGCAUUUUCAUGGUCCCAAUGUUUCCCAUGGAAAUAUUAAGUCAUCAAAUAUCUUGCUUACAAAGUCUUACGAUGCUCGCAUCUCUGACUUUGGACUAAACCAUCUAGUUGGACCUCCAUCCUCUCCCGCACGUGUUUCUGGUUAUCGGGCACCAGAAGUGACUGAGCCUCGCAGAAUUUCUCAGAAGGCUGAUGUUUACAGUUUUGGCGUGCUUCUGUUAGAGCUUCUUACAGGGAAACCACCCUCUCACUCCCUCUUAAAUGAGGAAGGAGUUGACCUCCCACGAUGGGUGCAGUCAAUUGUUCGAGAGGAAUGGACUUCUGAAGUAUUUGAUCCUGAACUCCUUAGGGAGCAGAAUGUAGAGGAGGAAAUGGUUCAGCUCCUGCAACUUGGAAUUGACUGCACAGCACAGUAUCCGGAUCAGCGCCCUUCAAUCUCUGAAGUAGCAAGCCGUAUCGAAGAGCUGCGCCGUUCUAGCUUGCACGGAGAUCAACAGCUGGAUCGGGUCACUGAAACGGAUUGAGGGAAAUUCAUAGGCCCUUUUGGGCGUGCAACCAUCAAAGCCUGGAUGCACAGCACCACCACAUCCACAUGUGCGUAAAGCUGGAUCUUCAUAAACAGGUAGGGCAUUAAUUUUUUAAUUUAAGCCAUUAUAUUUGUUUGUCAGAGUUCACAGCUCAGCCUUUUCUUUACAGUACAAUUCUCUACCUUGGAGCGCAGAUAUGAGUUCCAUUUAUUCUUGUUGGAAUAUGGUUGCUGUAAUUAUUACUUCAGCUUUAACUUUUUAUUUUCUUCUUUUGCUUUUUUGAAUGAGCCCCCUUUUUUCAUGUGGAGUGACAACUUUGCUGUGGUUGCUGAUUAUGUAGUAAUGAUUUAUAAACCUGCACUGA